UAGACUGAAUCAGAAGACUGAAACAGCCCAUAUAUCAUUAUCGUAAUCUAUAAAUCAUUCCAACCAUACGCACAUUCCAGCCUUCUUAAUUAAUCGAUAAUCCUCUCGUAUUAUUCGCACAACAAUGGACGACAACCGAAUCAGUUUUCCAUCAGUUUUCUCGCCUUUAAACAUCUGCAAAGUGCAAACUGAAAGCAUAUUUAAGUUAAACUAUAUAUCAACCAAGAUUAAAAACUUUCAUGAAUACCCAAGAUCUGCAUGACAAAAAGAAAUUAGGCAAACCUAGUUCCGUUAUGGGAGACAAAAGCAGACUUCCCUCAAGCAGGGCACUCAACGGUCAUUGUCACAUGUCUCUGAGUAAUGAACAACCUACCUCUCACAAGGUUCUCAUCAAGGAGGAGGAAAAUAAGGAGAAAAACCUAGCUCUCAAAUUGGGCCCACGGAUAUGAAGGUUACAAGCCAACGUUACAAGGAGAAAAACUUGGAGAAGAAGGUUUCAAGCCAAACUAUGUCUCACAGCAAGAGAAUGAAUACAAUGCUUGUUGAUAUGGCACUGUUUGAAAUAGAAUCUUGCCAAGAGCUAAAGAGAGACUCAAAAAAGAUGAGUAGGCAUGAAGAAAACCGGCUGAUUAUAAAAAAAAUUUUGAAAGUCAGAAAAGAGAAGGAAGACAACAAUCAAGGAGUAUUUUUCGCCACUUCAUUUUGGUUGAGUAAUGAUGUCAAUUGUGUGGAAGAAAGGGUGAAGCAGAUGGCAAUAAUAUUAGCGGUGGUAACCCUACGACAAUGGAUGUUAAAUGGUUGGAAAGAUUUGGAAAGCUUGGCCAAAUGUGCAAAAAAGUUUCAUAUUUAUAAUGCCCUUCAAGACAGCAUGUUUAAAAGCUUGGCCAAAUUUAUUCAAAGUAUUUUUGAUACGGAAGAUCUUGAACGACUCAACUUUUAUGAUAGGAUCGUAUCUGAAAACAAAAAUUUUUAUCAUGAAAAGUUGUUACCUCUACCUCCAAAGGAUUGUGAUGACCCUGUGAAACUUAUCGCUGAAGGGAAGAUAACUCUAGAUGGUUUUCCUUUGUUGACGGAGUAUGAUAUGGGAUUUCUUAUUCAGGAGUACUAUUCAGACUUUAUAGUGCGCAUAUGA